AUCGAAUGACGUGGUGUAGUGGACUGGUAGGUAGUUGACUCCGUGGUUUGCCGGUUGUGUCCACCUGAAAUUAUUAAACAGGUUAUCGAAUCGUCAUUAGAAAUAAUAAAUUUUGGUCAAAAUGUUACAAAGCGUGUUCGACGAUGUGAGGCGGAUGAAUAAACGUCAGUUUCUCUAUCAAGUGCUAAGUUUUGGCAUGAUUGUCUCUUCGGCUCUAAUGAUUUGGAAGGGGCUUAUGGUCGUCACAGGAAGCGAGAGUCCGAUAGUUGUGGUUCUGAGUGGAAGUAUGGAACCAGCAUUUCAUAGGGGAGAUCUCUUGUUUUUGACAAACUAUCAGGAUGAACCAGUACGCGUUGGAGAAAUUGUUGUGUUCAAAGUCGAGGGCCGUGACAUUCCUAUCGUUCACAGAGUGCUCAAGUUGCAUGAAAAGGGAGACAAGAACAACACUGUAAAAUUCUUGACGAAAGGGGAUAAUAAUUCUGUGGAUGACAGAGGCUUGUACGCACCAGGACAGCUGUGGCUUACGCAUAAAGACGUUGUAGGUAGAGCUAGAGGUUUUCUACCAUAUGUCGGAAUGGUUACUAUAUAUAUGAAUGAGUACCCUAAAUUUAAGUACGCAGUCUUAGCUUGCCUUGGAUUGUAUGUACUAGUACACAGAGAAUGAGACUAGCAAUUAGGAUUAUUUAUACAUGGACUGUCGUAUAUAUUACAAUCAAGUGAUACAACAGCUAUUAUUUACCACAACAUAGAGUUGCAGACAGCAACAGACAGGAAGAGAAUGAGAGCUUGAGCAAUUGUGAGAGAAAACUUCACACAACCUCAAUCAAACAAAAAAAUUUGUUUAAUCUUUAAUCCGUAAGAACUCCCGUUGAUCUUAAUCAACAACCGAUUAUUUAUUUCUCAUUAUUCACGUGAGAUCUUUCUUUCUCCGAUAGUCAAGUAUUAUGAAGAAUAGAAAUUUUCAAGGUGACAAAUUUGUUACUUUUUCAUCUAUUAAUGCAAGUGUUGUAAGAUGUUUCAAUAUUCGCCAAUUUGGAAAAAUGAGGGUACUCCUCUUUGAAAGUUCGAAUUGACUGCAGAAAAUCAAGUAAUCAAACUAAUGCUGUCCCUGCGGUAUUGCAAUCCAGGGUUUACGAAUCAUCAAUUUUAAUAUGUUCACCUUUCAUCUUGGAUGGGUUGAUAAAUUUUUUUAAUGCAAUAGUUGAAAUUAUGAAACUGUGAUUUUCAAAAAGUAAAAGCCAUGAUGAUUAUCUGUUAGUAUUGCAAAACUGUAGAUUCAGUUGUUGGUUGAGAACUCAUAACUGUACGGUACUCGCAUUCUCAAUCUCAACGUCAUUAUCUGCAUCACGAAAAUAGGCACGUUGACUGAGUCAACAAUAAAUGGGUAAUAUCAAAAUCAAUAAUGUAAAUACAUGAAUACUUUCAUUCUUGAAUGUUAACCAUCCAUUUUUAGAGUAAAAUUUAACGUAACUGAG